AUGAAAUCCACCCUCGUACUCCACGCCGCCACCUCUCUAUCUCUGUCUCUCGCCUCCUCCACCUCCACCUCCUCAACCUGGACCUGCACCUCAUCUCCCCUCAGUCCUGGCUCCGGCAUCACCCGCGGCCCCGGUCCAGGCACCGGCCACGCCUCCCUCCUCUCCAUCUCCUCAGUCUUCACAACCCUCUACGGUCCCUUGCCCCUAACUCUCGGCCCGGAACAAGCCCGUGUCGCAAUGUGCGACGGCCUUCUCUUCGGCAUCUGGAACGGCCACCCGCACUCCGUCGGAGAGAAGCCAGGGCUUCGAGACAUUGUGGUCUCGCAGGAUCCGGGGAUGGAGAGGACAGAGUGUCUGGGUUACGUGGGCGGUGACGACAACGACGACGACGAUGAUCUGCGGUUGAGCUACAUGUUUGAUCUUGGGGAAGAUUCUUGGGCUACUGGGGGCUUGACGGAGGUCAGACGGUGUGAAGGUUGA